CGGACUUGGACGUCCCCUCGGAUGAAUGGGGCCGGGAUUGACAGCGAACUACAGCUCCUCGGCUGUCAGGGUUGGUGUUGGCCGCCGGGGAAGGAGAGACCGCAGCGGCCCCCGGGGAGCGCAGCGCUCGGGAUCGCCGGCGAUGUUCUGUGCUGUGGCGGAGGGCGUAGCCCGGUUUCCUGGGGUAGCGGUAUAAGCUGGCGCUUCCUCUGCGCGUUCGCUCCCUUUCCCCUGCAUCGGCCAUGCGCUCGGCCGUCGCGGUGGGCCUGGUUUUCGCAGGCUGUUGCAGUAACGUGAUCUUCCUAGAGCUCCUGGUCCGGAAGCACCCAGGAUGCGGGAAUAUUGUGACAUUUGCACAAUUUUUAUUUAUUGCUGUGGAAGGCUUUCUCUUUGAAACUGAUUUGGGAAGGAAGCGGCCAGCUAUCCCAAUAAGAUACUAUGCCGUCAUGGUGACCAUGUUUUUCACUGUCAGCGUGGUGAACAAUUAUGCCCUGAAUCUCAACAUCGCCAUGCCCCUUCACAUGAUAUUUAGAUCUGGUUCCCUAAUUGCCAACAUGAUUCUAGGAAUUAUCAUUUUAAAGAAAAGAUACAGUAUAUUCAAAUAUACCUCCAUUGCCCUGGUGUCUGUAGGGAUAUUUAUUUGCACUUUGAUGUCAGCAAAGCAGGUGACUUCCCAGUCCAGCUUGAGUGAAAAUGAUGGAUUCCAAGCAUUUGCCUGGUGGUUACUAGGUAUCGGGGCACUGACUUUCGCUCUUCUGAUGUCAGCAAGGAUGGGUAUAUUCCAAGAGACUGUAUACAAACAAUUUGGGAAACAUUCCAAGGAGGCUUUAUUUUAUAAUCAUGCCCUUCCGCUUCCUGGUUUCAUCUUCUUGGCUUCUGAUAUUUAUGAACAUGCAGUGCAAUUCAAUAAGUCUGAAUUAUAUCAAGUUCCAGUUGUUGGUGUGACAAUGCCCAUCAUGUGGUUCUACCUCCUUAUGAAUGUUAUCACUCAGUACGUGUGCAUCCGAGGCGUGUUCAUCCUCACGACAGAAUGUGCCUCCCUCACAGUCACACUCGUCGUGACUCUACGCAAGUUUGUGAGCCUCAUCUUUUCCAUCUUGUACUUCCAAAACCCAUUCACUCUGUGGCAUUGGCUCGGCACCUUGUUUGUUUUCAUUGGGACCCUAAUGUAUACAGAGGUGUGGAACAACUUAGGGGCCACAAGAAGUCAACCUGGAAAGGAGGACAAGAAGAACUGAGGUCGGCCUGGAAUAGAUGGACGAGUGUCAGAGUGAAGGAGGGGCUUGGCGAAGGUCUGGCUGCCAUUUCACGUUUGUUAAUGCUGAAUUACCCCACAGUAUUGAGCCAGUUUGGAACAGAGAGUCCUCGGAAGGAGGAGACUUCUCAAAUUUCCCAUGGCUAUACAGACUAACAUUUGUAGACUCUGAAUAGAAAUCCCUCAACUCUGAAAUAGAAAAAAAAAGUUCUAUACUA